GGACAAUUUUCACGAGUCGCAUUUGCCACUUUCAUGCGAAAGAUUUUUUUGAUACAUUUGGUGUUACAAGUUAUCUUCUUUCUACACCAUUCAACCUCUCAACCUUUGACCUAAUUCUUCAAAGCUGAUCUAAAUUUGGUCAUUUACAUACUCAUUAUCAUCUCAUCUGAUACAAGAUCAACCGCAACCAUGGCACCCAAGUCCAAGAAACUCCUAGUCAUCAACCCCAACACCUCAAAGGCUAUGACAGCCUCGGUCGAGCAAUUGAUUAAAAAGCUCAAUACCGAGUUCCCAACCACCACCAAAAUAACAACAUACACCGCACCCGAGGGUCCCGCCAGCAUAGAUAACAGCGACGAUUGCAUGGCCUCUGCACGCAUCGUAUAUGAGGACCUACGUCCUAAACUAGAAGAUUACGAUGCUCAUCUCGUAGCAUGCUACAGCGUCCAUCCAUUAGUAGCCGGACUGCAAGAUGAAGUUCCCACUGGGAUUCAUGUGACCGGUAUCUUCGAAGCCAGCAUCACAACUGCCUUAUCAUUACUACCAAUGGUGUACGCCGAUCCCAAACUAGAGCGUCUAGAAACCCGCCAGAAGUUCGGAAUUGUGAGUACGGGCAGUUACUGGGAGGAAGAGCUGUCAGAUGGAGUGAGGCGGUUUUUGGAUUUACAGAGUGUGGAUGCAACUGGACGGUUUAAGGGCGUGGAGAGCACGGGGUUGUCGGCGGGUGAGCUGCAUUCUGCUGAUCCGGCGUUGGUGAAGAGGAAGAUGAAGGAGGCGACGAAGAGGUUGGUGAGAGAUCGGGAUAUUAAGGUUAUUUGUUUGGGGUGUGCAGGGAUGGUGGGGAUGGAUGAUGAUGUUUAUGAGGCGUUGGUGGAGGAGUUAGGGGAGUUUGAGGCGAAGGAUAUUCAUAUUUUGGAUGGAGUUAAGGCAGGUAUUGCGUUGCUGGAGGGGUUGAUGAGGACUUUACCGAGGAAGUAAGCAAAGUAUUGAAAUGUCAUGC